UACUCGACUCGAUCUUCAAACUCACAAUCUUGUAAAUUUUCACUCUCUUUAGCUACAUAUUCAUCUACCCAUUUCCCCAUUCCCGCCUUGAAAGCCUCUUAACAUAUACAAAAUGUCCGGCGUUUGGGUUUUCAAAGGUGGAGUUGUUCGUUUAGUUGAUGGUGAAUCCUCUCGCAAAGUGCUAGUGCAUAUUCCCACCAAUGAAGUUAUCACUUCUUACGAAGUUCUUGAGCAUAAGCUAUCGGCUCUCGGAUGGGAGAGGUACUAUGACGAUCCUUCUCUGCUUCAGUUCCAUAAACAAUCCACCGUCCAUCUCAUCUCUCUUCCUAAAGACUUCAAAAAGUUCAAGUCCGUGCACAUGUACGACAUCGUUGUGAAGAAUCGCAACGUUUUCGAAGUUAGAGAUAUGUAGAUAGCUAGCCCUUUUGGCCAGUGGAAUCUGUGGACGUGUUAGUAAUUUGUGUGUGUUAAGUUAAGAUCUUUCCUCUAUUUGUUUGAGUAAUUAAAGGGUCGAAUUUAGUAGUUUCCUGACUUUACCAUAUGGGUUUAUUUCUGAGUUUAAUCACUGUUAAAUAUAGUUUAGGGAAGUUAAUUAUCUAUGUAAACAAGGGCUUGCUUGGAGUCAGUCAUAUUGGAACGUUCUGUAUAUUACUAUGACAAUCAUUGUGGAAGUAAUGCGAAUGGGUUGUUUUGUGUGUGUUAA